AUGGCCGAAGAAGAUUCACUAUCGUCGCUUGAGCAGAUAAAACUCUGCUACCAGGUAAUUCCCUCCAUCGAGGACGAUCCCAACCAAGAAGUCCCAGCUAGCAACCUUGCCAUUGCCCACGAUAACUUCUCAGGACCAUUCGAUCUCGCCAUUGGGAAGGACAAAUUUUGGAGGGUCGGACAAACCCUGAAAGUUUCCUGGUGGGAUGGCCCAGGCCAGACUGCCACAGAUGCCCUUAAACGGAGAGUGAAACUCGCGGCCAAACAGUGGGACGCGAUCUGCAAUAUCAGCUUCGACUUCGGCGACUACGGCAAAGAUGCAGAUAUCCGCGUGGCAUUUCAGCCUAAAAUAGGAUCGUGGUCAUAUGUCGGAAGAGACUGUUUCAAGGAGGAUCGAUCGAAGCCAACUAUGAAUUUUGGCUGGUUGACUGAUAGAUCCUCCGACGAAACAGUUCGCUCUGUGGUCCUUCAUGAGUUCGGCCAUGCAUUGGGUUGCAUCCAUGAACAUCAGAACCCUAGUCUUGGAAUCAACUGGGACGUACAAAAGGUUAUACAAUAUUUCAAGGCCCCACCGAACAAAUGGGAUGAGGACAAAAUUCGACGAAACAUUCUCAAUCCCGUAUAG